GCAGUUCUCAACCUUUUCUUUUUCACUGGCGUACCAGCUGAGCCUUCUGUGUAUAGACUUGUAGUACUAACAGAUCCUUAUUGUGUACACCCAGUGGUACGCGUACUACUGAUUGAGAACUGUUGCAGAUAAAUAUUUUCGUUUAAAAACAGAAAAUAAUUCACUAAUCAUAGACUCACACCCACAAAAUGAUAACAAAAUGUGUUAACAAUAGUUUUAGUAACAAAAGAUCAUUGACAAUAUGAAUUUCUCUUAAAACAGUCAUAAUUUUGAUAAAAGAUAAUGGAGAAAAGGGACUACAAACUUUCGGACAUACUAAUCCAAGAAGUAGAUGAAGGACAAUCAUGUUUGAAAUGCGGAAGUAAAUGUCCGAGUUUUAAGCCUCAUCCUUGGAGGAAUAUUUGCGAUAAUUGUAAAUGCCUACAAGAAUGUCACGAUAUCUGUAACAAAUAUAUGGUUAACGUCCAAGAAAGAAUUGGGCUGAAAGGUCAACAUGAACAAGACCAAAUGCUUUUGAAACGGACUGCUAUAGAACAAGGAUAUUCUUGGAUACCAUCACGUUUAUCUCCAGAUGAAAUACAAUCAUAUUUCGCACAGAUUCCUCCUCAGAAAGUUCCUCGACUAGGGACACCUGGUGAAAAAUAUCGCGAAAAACAGAUUAUUGUGCAACACCCUAAACAAGAUCUUGAUUCAGAAUUUUGUAAAUUUUUAGAGAAGGAAUGCCAACAGCAUUACUCAGAUUUUAUUAAUGAGCGCAAGAAAAGUGCAAUGAGUAUUGCUCACGUGGAAAGUGUUCUAGAACACACUUCGUGCUAUGGUUGUAGAGGAACAAUUAUGCUCACAGAUUUGGCAGUGGUAAAUUCAAAAUUGGGAGAAAAGCAUCUGUUCCACCCGGGUUGUUUCGUAUGUUCAGUAUGUGAAGAAUUAUUAGUAGAUUUAGUUUGCUGUGCUCUGGGAGGUAAAAUUUACUGCGAACGUCAUUAUGCAGAACAAAUAAGACCUCGAUGUAUAGCAUGUGACGAACUUAUUUUUUCUGGUGAAUAUAUCAGAGCAAUGUCCAGAAAUUGGCAUACAAUUCAUUUCUGCUGUUGGAAAUGCGAUGAAAAUCUAACUGGGCAGCAAUAUAUUCCAAGAGAUGAUAAUCCAUUUUGCAUUCGCUGCUAUGAAAAACUGUACAGCAAUAUUUGUGAAAAAUGUGGAAAAGCAAUAGAAGUAGACUCGAAGGAUCUCUCCAUCAAAAAUAAACAUUGGCACGAAGCGUGCUUCUUGUGCAAUGAAUGCCAUACUUCGUUGAUAAAUAAACCAUUUGGCAUCAAUGCGAACCAAGUUUAUUGUGCAAAAUGCUACGAAGUGUCUUACGCGACUAGAUGUGUUAAAUGCGGUGAAAAAUUUAAAGCUGGUACAAGAAAGAUGGAAUAUAAAGAUAAGCAAUGGCAUGAAAACUGUUUUUAUUGCGUGGUGUGUACAAACCCAAUAGGCACCAAAAACUUCAUACCUAAAGAUAAUGACAUAUAUUGCAUGACAUGUUACGAACGAAAAUUCACUAUAUAUUGCAUCAAAUGUAAUCAAGUAAUUAGUGUUAGUGGUGUUACUUUUCGCAAUGAACAUUGGCAUAGAGAAUGUUUUUGCUGUACUAACUGCCAGACGUAUUUGGCCGGACAGCGAUUUACAUCCAGAAAUGAAGAACCCUAUUGCGCCGAAUGCUUUGGAGAAUUGUUCGCAAAAAAGUGCACCGCUUGCAAGACACCAAUUACGAGUAUUUGUGGGGCACGUUUCAUAACUUUCGAAGAUCGAAAUUGGCAUAAUGAUUGCUUUGUGUGUGCCACGUGUAAAGUAUCACUAACCGGAAGAGGAUUUUUUAUAAAUGGAGACGAUAUUUUGUGUCCAAAAUGUGCCAACUGAAAGUGAUAAUGUACUAUAUUAUCUAUUAAAUUCAUGUAAUUAGAUUUAACACAAUUAUUUUGUCAGAACGAAGAAAGAAAUGAGAGAUCAAAGAUCAAAAUUUUAUCCAGUUUUCUCAACUUAGUUUAAGUUAAUCACAUUCUGGUUCAAUAAAAUUAUAUUUUAAUAUUACUA